AUGACCCGACGCGAAUUGGCCUAUCUUCUCGCCGAAACCCAUCCCACCAUCAAUCCCACCGCCCACUCCGCUUCCGCUAAACCUACCAAGAAUUCGUGUAACCAGUCAACAAUGUCCCAGCCCCCCUCCCUGUCUCUGUCCCCAAGGCAGAAGUUCCAGUCUCAUGUCAGAACUUUGAGUCAAGACAGCCCCUCAUACUCCGGGAACGCGUCUCCUUCUCCCUUGCCCUCGCCAUCACCAACUCUCAAUAGCAAUACCUACAGAUACAGUGAUCCCACUUUACAAGGAGGAACACCCACUCAUAAUGAACCUCAUUUCAUCACCGAGGAACGCGAGGCUUGGAGCAGACCAUCCCCACUCGCGACCCGACGCAGACAGAACGCCCCUUCAGAAGAUGUCAUUGUCCUUGAACCUCCAGAGGAUCACAGUCCGGUUCAGCAACCACGUAAGCACUUGAGAGCGCUGAGACCUUUCGCUCCCUCUACGCAGCAUGUUGAUACCAAUGAGAGACCAAAGACGAGUCGUGGCUCCAAGCCCAACUUCGGGGGGUUCCCAACCAACGACCAGGAUUUCCCAUCUCGACACUCCAAGUUCGCUGAGGGAAGUAUGACUGAUCGCUCAGGCGGUAUAUCAUCCUCCUGGCUCGAAAAUGGCUCAAUAUCCACCACGUCAGGAGACGAAUCGGAGCACAGCUCCACUCCUCGAGCCUCUCCUCGGCGUUCGUCUAUUGACAUCGAUGAUUUCAAACCCAUCGCUGUAACUCCAGGUACUUUCAAACAACGCCUUGCCAGACUGGGCUCCGCCUUCAAGCCUAGUCAUCACGCCAGUAGACCUGAAGCAGACCCAAGGGAUGCAAAGAAGAAAACAGGCUUGAGGAAGAGCAUGUCAUUAUGGAACUUGCAUAAUAUUGCUGGAAAGUCGAAGAAUACUGCCCAUUCUACCAUGGACUUGGCCACCACAGCCGCUCAACCACAGAAGACCACCAUGAACAGUGACCUUGACCUGCUUAAUGAUCGGAAACGAAGAGCUGAAGAAGCUUAUGCCCAGCAUUUCGGAAUAAAGAAGCGGAAAUCUAAUGUCGGUCUUGCUGAACCCAUUCCUGAACCACCGCGAGAACAGCCACCACGUUCCCGAGAUGACCGAACAAUUGCUCGACGUAGCAUGAGAUCCUCGACUUCAAAUGUGGCUCUAACUGAUGCUGAAUAUUCCGACGGCCACAUCGACAUCGACUUUCACAAACGACCAUCUCGUCGUGAAUUGGAAAAGGAGAAUCAGCAGCUCCGAGCAAUGAUACGCCAACAACAGGAGAGCCAGGCUCCGAAGAUUUCUAAAGCAAACCUCGAGAGAAACCGCUCAGCAUCGGCCAAGCAAAUCCCAACAUCUUCCGACACCUCGACGGUCGACCAGGAGAAAAAGACCCCUUCAAAGAAAAAGACUUCCAAACCAAGAGCAAAGGGCGUUCCACCAGUCCCUUCCAUCCCAGACCGCAUUGCCUUACAACCAUUGACGAACUCGAGAAACCAGCCUCGCAGUGUAAACACCAACCCAGCAACAACAGCAAACACCCAUAAUAGUCCCAAUGUGAAUAAUAAUCCAAGUGUGGACCUCAACUGUACCGCAACUAAUAAUAGCAACAACAAUCCAACAAGGAGAACAUUGGUCGGUGCUCCUCUCCCACGACCUGUGUCAAUGAUUCUCGAGGAAGACGAAGAAGGUGUGGAGAACAGAACUCCAGUUGGGAAACGGUCACUGAUCAUGGACGACAUGGCCAAACUCAAGCAACUCACCCCUUCCCCCAUCCGUCUACAUCACCUUCAGCGUGAGCAGUGGGAAUGGCCGGACGAUAUCUUUUGA